CCUCCAUAUCAUGUGAUUCAGGUCUUCCAAUCCCCUCCAUAUCAUGUGAUUCAGGUGUUCCAAUCCCCUCCCAAUCUCAUGUGAUUCAGGUGUUCCAAUCCCCUCCAUAUCAUGUGAUUCAGGUGUUCCAAUCCUCUCCAUAUCAUGUGAUUCAGGUGUUUCAAUCCCCUCCAUGUCAUGUGAUUCAGGUGUUCCAAUACCCUCCAUAUCAUGUGAUUCAGGUGUUCCAAUCCCCUCCAUAUCAUGUGAUUCAGGUGUUCCAAUCCCCUCCAUAUCAUGUGAUUCAGGUGUUCCAAUCCCCUCCCAAUCAUGUGAUUCAGGUGUUCCAAUCCCCUCCCAAUCAUGUGAUUCAGGUGCUCCAAUCCCCUCCAUAUCAUGUGAUUCAGGUGCUCCAAUCCCCUCCAUAUCAUGUGAUUCAGGUGUUCCAAUCCCCUCCAUAACAUGUGAUUCAGGUGUUCCAAUCCCUCCAUAUCAUGUGAUUCAGGUGUUCCAAUCU